AUGGCGAACCGAAGCCCCGUCAGCGACCGCGUGCUACAGGCGAUUGUGACUAUACAGAGGGCCAGGCGAGUGGCUGGAGACGGCGCCAGGGGAGGCCAGGGAGGUAUGCGGGGUGUAGAGAGCCAGCAGCAAAGUCAAGCAAGUCAACGGAGCCAUGGUGGAGGGGCGGAUGGGAGGGUGCGUGGCGGGGGGGGGUCGCUGAAGGCGGUGGUGGCGGAGGUGGCGGGGGCGCUGGAGAAGCGCGAGGUGGAGGAGCUCAUGACGGAGCUGCAGCGCCGCCACGACUGGAAGGCCACCCUCGAGGUGUUUGCGUGGAGCCAGCAGCAGGCGUGGUUCCGGCCCAACAUGCGGCUGUACAACGCGCUCAUGGGCUUCCUGGCGAGGGAGCAGCAGGCGCACGCCGCCACGCUGCUCUUCCAGGACAUGCUGCUGUCGCGCGCGCGCCCCAACCACUUCACGUACACCGCGCUCAUCAACGCGUACGGCCGCGCCGGGUGGUUCGAGGACGCGCUCGCUGUGUUCCACCACAUGAAGACGUGCGAUGAUGAUGACUGCCGGCCCAACACAGUGACGUGCAACGCGCUGAUUGGUGCGCUGUGCAAGGGGGGCAUGUAUGACGAGGCUGUGGAGGUGUUCAUGGACAUGCGUGCGGGGGCGGGCGGGUCGGGCGGCCUGCCACUCAACUGCAGCAAGGGGGGCAUGUAUGACGAGGCGGUGGAGGUGUUUAUGGACAUGCGUGCGGGGGCGGGCGGGGCGGGCGGCCUGCCACUCAACUGCAGGCCUAAUAUAGUGACGUACAACACGCUCAUCGACACCUUGCCCAACAUAGUGACAUACAACACGCUCAUGUUCUUCCACCCACGUCUCUCCCCCCCCCCCCAGGCCUAA